GGAUCACGUGGUGGAAGUAAUCGCAGCGGCCGUCUCGGCGAGCAAAUUAGGGUUUCUUCGACGCCCCCAAUCCCACAUGGAAGGAGAUUGAACUCUCCAAAAAUUCUUCAAGAUCGAGCGCAGCCGCGUACGGAUCCGAGUGGAAUCCUCUAUUGUUACGCAAAUCUCUGUCUUCUUUGGCUGGGAUUUGGUGAUAUUAUUGCUUUUGUGGCUGUGAAACUUGAUGGAGAGCAUCGGAACUCUCAACCCUUCCAUGGAGUUCGAUAACUCUCAAGAAGGUGAGCUCGAACCCCUGAUCCAAAUCCAACCCCGAGAAUGUGAUCUCGACCAGCCCAUCGCCGUCGACCCCCUGCACCACGAUUCCAUCGCCGUUCUCCUCGCUAACCAGCCGGAAGACUGUCCGGUCUCCGGAGAAGGGCGGGAGCUGGUGGCCGCCACCGCGGUGGAAAUGGAGGCCGUGGCCGAGGUGGCCUGUGGCGAUCUCCAUGAGCCAGCCAUGGGAAUGGAGUUCGACUCCCCGGACGCUGCCAGGGCCUUCUACUCCGCUUACGCCGAGCGCGUCGGCUUUCGGAUUCGCAACAGCAAAUCCUUCACCUCCCGGGUCGACGACACCGUGAUCAUGAGGCGCUUCGUCUGCUCAAAGCAGGGCCGGCCAACGAAGAAGGACCCCUUCGACCUCACCAAGAAGCGGCGCAACCGCACCUCCUCCCGCGAGGGCUGCAACGCCAUGCUCCAGGUCAACCGUCGUGAGAACGGCCGGUGGGCCAUCUCAAGGUGUGUGCUUGACCAUUGCCAUCCCCUCGGCGUCAUCCCUAAGCAAUCGCCUGCUGUUCAGAAGAAGCUAGCCAAGAAGCCUUGGGAGCUUCUUGUCUCCCCCGCCACAGAGCCACAGCAGAGUGGGCUAGGUCCUGGUGGUGGCGUGGCACAGAGUCUCCUGGAGUACUUCAAACGGAUGCAGGCAGAGAAUCCUGCAUUCUUUUAUGCAAUACAAGUUGACCGGAAUAAUUGUGUCUCGAAUGUGUUCUGGGCUGACGCCCGAGCAAGGAUGGCAUAUAGCUAUUUUGGUGAUGCAGUUGUUUUUGACAUGACCUGUAAGAAGAACAAGCGCAUGGUGCCUUUUGCAACUUUUACUGGAUUUAACCACCAUAGGCAGCUUAUUGUGUUCGGUUGUGCAUUUAUGACGGAUGAGAGUGAGGCUUCUUUCACUUGGCUAUUUGAGACAUGGCUUGGAUUGAUGAGCGGACGUCGGCCGGUGUCUUUCAUCACUGCCUAUAAUGAGUCCAUGGCGGUGGCUGCAAGCAAAGUGUUCCUGAAUGUUCGGCAUAGGUUCUGCAAGAGGGACAUUUUUGGCAAGUGCAAGGAUAAGCUUUCAGGUGUCUAUUUGAUACAUCCUUCAUUUAAGGCUGAGUUUAAGAAAUGUGUGAAUGAAUGUGAAAGUGUCGAAGAAUUUGAUUCCUGUUGGAGGUCACUAAUCGAUAGAUAUAAUUUGGAGGACAACAUGUGGAUGCAAGCCCUUUAUGCAAUUCGGCAGAAAUGGAUUCCUUUGUUCUUUAGAGGAACAUUCUUUGGGGAAUUUUUUGGGACUCCAAAAUUGGAGACCAUGCACAAAUUUUUCCAGAGACACUCCAUCACAACGACCACUCUGCGUGAUCUAGUUUCUCAGUUUGAUAAAGCUAUGGCUGGGCAAUAUGAGAAGGAACUACAAUCAGACUUUGAUGCAAAUCAUACAAGGCCUGUUUUAAGGACUCCAUCACCGAUGGAAAAACAAGCAUCAGAAGUUUACACAAAAUCCAUAUUCGACUUAUUUCAGGAGGAAUUUGCAGGGUCGUCAGGAUUUUUAAAGGAGAAAGUUGCAGAUGGUGUUGAAUAUAUGUAUCGGGUGACUAAAAUUGAGGAUGCCAGUAAAGCAUACAUGGUCACAUAUAAUGCUUCCAACAAGCACAUAACCUGUAGCUGUUUCAUGUUUGAGUUCUCAGGCAUCCUCUGUAGGCAUGUGUUAGGAGUGCUGAUAGUAGUUAGUGUUCUUACACUUCCAGAUGAUUAUAUCUUGAGAAGAUGGACGAAGAAUGCCAAGAGUAAUGGUUUAUCUUGUGAAGAUCGUGGUUUAUGUCAACGUAAUUCUCGAAAAGCUUUGGCUUGGAGGUGCAAUGAUCUCUGUCGUGAUGCCAUUAAGUUUGCAGAGGAAGGGGCUACCUCAGCAGUAAUAUAUAAAGUUGCAAAGGGCGCUUUGCAGAAGGCUUUUGCUGAAGUCUUAGCUACUAAGAAAGGUUCCUUCUUCAACAGACCAGGAAGGUGAAGUAAUUUCCCUAUGAUAAUUGUUGAUGAGGAUAAAAUUUCUGGUGGUUGGCGAACUGAUUAAAGAACAACUUCACUGCUGCAGUGCAUAUUGAGACAGUGAUACUGGACAUAAUCUUGAAAUUGAUUCCUUUACUAAUAAUCGAGUCUCGCACCAGUAUUUGUAGAAAAGGAAACCAUCAUUAAGUUGGAAGAAGUGCAAUGGUGCAUAGCGAUUGUUGUUGCUUGACAACUGAGGGCAUUAAAGAAACAGUAGAUCUCAUCCUGAGAUUUGACCAACUGGUGAUCCUUCUGGUUCAGCUACAGGCAUAACAGUGAUGCACAAAUCUCAUCAUUAGAAGCAACUUCCAAAAGCUGUAGGAUGAUUGUCCAUCGUAUCAAAACGUGAUACCAAGUGAUUCCUGUUCCACAGUGUCCUGUUUCUUUCAACCCCAAAUGUUUGCACUCAUGAGGGAUUUGGUGAAAGCUUGGAGUUAGCCUGUUGACAGUAGUUUGUUUAUGGACAUCAAUCCUACCACAAAAUUAUUGUGAAGUGUUUAAAGAAUUUUAUCUGCGGUUUGUUAUAAUAUUUAUUCUUUGCAAAGCUGCACUUUGGCGAAUGUUAUUUUGCUGGAUGUGCCAUGCUAGGAAAAGCUCAAGUAACUCUGCAUAUAUAUUUGGUUUAAACUAUGUGUGGAUGAAGAGCUAGGAUAGAUAAAGCAUCGGAAAGGACAGAUGUAGAAACACCAGGGUCGGGACAGUAACAGCUGAGAGAUAGCUGAUACAGCCAAUGAAAAUAUUCCAGUGUAAGAAAAUCUAACCAAAUGCUUUCAAUUAAACUGUAUACAAGCUUUCAUGAUGGAUAUGCUACCUCAAGUGUGCUGGGGAUAUGAGUUUUGUCCUGGACUAUCUUGUCAUUUUGUUCCUAGAACAGUUCCUUAGUGGUGUGCUACACCUGUUAUGACAAUGAUUAACAAUGUUAUGAUUAUUUUUUAGAACAUUAA